AUGGCAACUAACACACCACCACACAUAUCAGCACACAUAUUCUAUGGAUUGAGAACAGACAUUCAAUAUAAUGCCCACUACAUGACGGAUUCCGAAAUUAUUUAUCCCGCCGGUGGAGUUAUUGUGAUCCAUAACCAUAUUCAAAAGAAACAGAAGUUUAUAAGACUUCAGGACAAACACAAACCUAUUAAAUCAUUGGUGUUGGCACCUAAUAGACGUUGGUUAGCGUUAAACGAAAUUGCCGAGGAGGGUCAAAAACCAAUCAUAACCAUUUACGAUCUAACUACAUAUAAAAGGCGUAAAAUUCUGACGGUGCCUUUCGAGAAUUCAACCGCUCGUGAAUUUGCUUGUGUACAAUUUACGUAUGAUUCAAAAUAUUUGGUAGCGAUAACUGGCGAGCCGGAUUGGUAUUUAUAUUAUUAUAAUUGGGAUAAAGGCAAGGUCGAAAGUCAUGCUAAGGCACAAAAUCCGAGUGGACAAGGCACUGUUGAAAGCGUCCAAUGUAACCCAACGGAUGCAACCCUUGUAGUCAUAACAGGGCCUUACACAUUUAGAAUCAUGAAUGUCUCUGAGACUGUCUGGAGACAGUGGGGUUGGUGCAAGGCUGAAAAUAUCAACGUAACCAGCUGUAUGUGGUUGACACCCGAUCGCAUUAUGUUCGGGACUGAUGCCGGGGUCAUCAUGGUGGUGUCGAGAAUGGUGAACUAA